CUUCAUCUUCCUCGAUCGAACAUUUCGACCUCGUUCUUAGCAGACGAAAUGCAGAAAGUACCCUGGCGUUCACAACCAAUCGUAUGUUUAUUCUGAUGUAUCUGAUGGACCAUAUUCACGACCGGACAUGAUGGAUAAUAUAAAAAAUCUACACGGGCGACUCGUUGAAAAGAAGGACAGGAUCAUCCAGUCCAUAGAUUUGCAUGAGGGAUUUAUAUCGGCUCUCUGGCGCUUGCCAACUGAAGUCCUAUCCCAAAUCUUCGAUCACUGUCCUCCAGAAUUCAGUGAAUUAUCGCGCCCAUCAAAGCUAGAAGCCCUCAUGCUGUUGACAAGAAUAUGCCGACGAUGGAGGGAAAUUGUUGUCGCUUUCCGCUAUGACUCAUAGCUCAGGCAAUCACAGGGCCGUCCACUCUCGUUAGCACGGAGUACUACCCAAGUGAGGAAACCAUGCUACGAGGCCUUCUUCAGCCUUACAUCGAUCAAAUCUCGUCUCUACAUAUCCGAUUUUGCGAAG